UUUCCACAGACACGACCCACGUCCAAUUGUGAGUUUUCACUGCGCCGAGAAUCGCAUCAAAAACGCAGAAAAUAGUAAAUCUGCUGCGGCCAAGUUAAAGACCCAAACACAGCGCCAAAAUGGUACCCGCUGCAUCGGGUCGUCUGUAGAGUCGUCAUCGCAACAGCACCACCAUCACAUGCAUCCCACGCAUCCCGAAAACCACGCCAUCGCCUGGAGCACGAGCACCACUAUUAACCCCUCGCGCAGCCGGAGCAGCAGGAUGCGGCUCCUGUCCGCAUGGCUGCUCCUCGUCCUGGCGGCCUGCACUGGCCUGCCAGCAGUCAGAGGCCAGUACCAAUCGCCGCGCAUCAUCGAGCAUCCCACGGACCUGGUCGUCAAGAAGAAUGAGCCCGCCACACUUAAUUGCAAAGUGGAGGGCAAGCCGGAACCCACCAUCGAGUGGUUUAAGGAUGGCGAGCCCGUCAGCACCAACGAAAAGAAAUCGCACCGCGUCCAGUUCAAGGACGGCGCCCUCUUCUUCUACAGGACGAUGCAGGGCAAGAAGGAGCAGGACGGCGGCGAGUACUGGUGCGUGGCCAAGAACCGAGUGGGCCAGGCCGUUAGUCGCCAUGCCUCGCUCCAGAUAGCUGUUUUGCGCGACGAUUUUCGCGUGGAGCCCAAAGACACGCGAGUGGCCAAAGGCGAGACGGCUCUGCUGGAGUGUGGGCCGCCCAAAGGCAUUCCAGAGCCGACGCUCAUUUGGAUAAAGAAUGGCGUUCCCUUAGACGACCUGAAAGCCAUGUCGUUUGGCGCCAGCUCCCGGGUUCGGAUCGUGGAUGGUGGCAACCUGCUCAUCAGCAACGUGGAGCCCAUUGACGAGGGCAACUACAAGUGCAUUGCCCAGAAUCUGGUGGGCACCCGCGAAUCCAGCUAUGCCAAGCUGAUUGUCCAAGUCAAACCGUACUUCAUGAAGGAGCCGAAGGACCAGGUCAUGCUCUAUGGCCAGACUGCCACGUUUCACUGCUCCGUGGGCGGUGAUCCACCGCCGAAGCUGCUGUGGAAAAAGGAGGGCGGCAAUAUCCCGGUUUCGAGGGCUCGCAUCCUCCACGAUGAGAAAAGUUUGGAGCUAAUUAACAUAACGCCCAGCGAUGAGGGCACCUACGUCUGUGAGGCCCACAACAAUGUGGGUCAGAUCAGCGCCAGAGCUUCGCUCACUGUUCAUGCUCCGCCCAACUUCACCAACCGACCGAGCAACAAGAAAGUGGGUCUGAAUGGCGUGGUCCAGCUGCCUUGCGAGGCUUCCGGCAACCCACCGCCCUCUGUGUUCUGGACCAAGGAAGGAGUGUCGACUCUCAUGUUCCCCAACAGCUCCCACGGAAGACAGCAUGUGGCUGCCGACGGCACCCUGCAGAUUACUGAUGUGCGGCAGGAGGACGAAGGCUUCUAUGUGUGCUCCGCUUUCAGUGUCGUGGACUCCUCCACGGUACGGGUUUUCCUACAGGUCAGCUCGGUGGACGAGCGCCCGCCCCCUAUCAUCCAAAUAGGACCUGCCAACCAGACGCUGCCCAAAGGAUCGGUGGCUACUCUGCCCUGCCGUGCCACGGGCAAUCCUAGCCCCCGUAUCAAGUGGUUCCACAACGGACAUCCCGUGCAAACUGGCAAUCGUUAUAGUGUUAUUCAAGGCAGUUCGCUAAGAGUGGACGAUCUUCAACUAAGUGACUCCGGAACAUACACUUGCACUGCAUCUGGGGAACGAGGAGAGACUUCCUGGGCAGCCACACUAACAGUGGACAAAAGUGGCUCUACUUCCCUUCACAGGGCAGCCGAUCCAAGCACCUAUCCUGCUCCGCCAGGCACACCCAAGGUUUUGAACGUCAGCCGCACUAGCAUCAGUCUUCGUUGGGCCAAGAGCCAAGAGAAAACCGGGGCUGUCGGUCCAAUCAUUGGAUACACCGUGGAGUACUUUAGUCCGAAUUUGCAAACUGGUUGGAUUGUUGCUGCCCAUCGAGUGGGCGACACUCAAGUCACUAUCUCGGAUCUGAAACCGGGAAGUUCAUACAUCUUCCUAGUCCGAGCGGAAAAUACGCAGGGUAUUUCUGUUCCCUCGGGCUUAUCGAAUGUCAUUAAAACCAUUGAGGAGGACUUUGACGCAGCUUCUGCAAACGAUUUGUCAGCAGCUAGAAAUUUGCUUACUGGAAAGUCCGUGGAGCUAUUAGAUGCCUCAUCCAUUAAUGCCAGUGCCGUGCGUUUGGAAUGGAUGCUGCAUGUUAGUGCGGAUGAAAAAUAUGUAGAGGGCCUUCGUAUACACUAUAAGGAUGUCAGUAUGCCAUCCGCGCAGUAUCACUCGAUUACUGUUUUGGAUGCUUCUGCGGAAUCGUUUGUGGUCGGAAACCUCAAGAAGUUUACCAAGUAUGAGUUCUUCCUUACUCCCUUCUUCGAGACCAUCGAAGGACAGCCCAGUAACUCCAAGACGGCCCUUACCUAUGAAGAUGUUCCCUCCGCACCACCGGACAACAUUCAGAUUGGCAUGUACAACCAAACCGCGGGGUGGGUGCGUUGGACUCCACCACCCUCGCAGCACCACAACGGCAAUCUGUAUGGCUACAAGAUCGAGGUCAGUGCCGGCAACACCAUGAAGGUCCUGGCCAAUAUGACCCUUAACGCCACCACCACAUCUGUGCUACUGAACAACCUAACCACAGGCGCUGUGUACAGCGUGCGGUUGAACUCGUUCACCAAGGCAGGAGAUGGGCCUUACUCGAAACCGAUAUCGCUUUUCAUGGACCCCACCCAUCAUGUGCAUCCGCCACGAGCCCAUCCCAGUGGCACUCACGAUGGCCGUCAUGAGGGCCAGGAUGUCACGUACCACAACAAUGGCAAUUUACCCACCGGCGACAUCAAUCCUACCACUCACAGAAAGACCACUGAUUACCUAUCUGGGCCCUGGCUUAUGGUCCUGGUCUGCAUAGUCCUGCUAGUUCUGGUAAUUUCGGCGGCCAUUUCCAUGGUGUACUUCAAGAGGAAGCACCAAAUGACCAAGGAACUGGGACACUUAAGUGUGGUAAGCGACAACGAGAUUACCGCACUGAACAUCAAUAGCAAGGAAAGCUUGUGGAUAGACCACAAUCGUGGCUGGCGAACAGCAGAUACUGACAAGGAGUCUGGACUGAGUGAGUCCAAGCUACUAUCCCAUGUGAACAGCAGCCAGUCCAACUACAACAACUCGGAUGGGGGAACGGACUACGCCGAAGUGGACACUCGAAACCUCACCACCUUCUACAACUGUCGCAAGAGCCCCGAUAAUCCUACGCCCUACGCUACCACCAUGAUCAUUGGAACCUCCUCCAGUGAGACCUGCACCAAGGCGACAUCAUUGAGUGCCGACAAAGACUCGGGUACCCAUUCGCCCUACUCCGAUGCAUUUGCCGGCCAGACCUCAGCGGUUCCGCUUGUAAAAUCCAACUAUCUACAGUAUCCGGCCGAGCCGAUCAACUGGUCUGAGUUCCUACCCCCACCACCAGAACAUCCACCACCGUCUUCGACCUAUGGAUAUACACAGGGAUCCCCGGAAUCGUCGCGGAAGAGCUCCAAGAGCGCAGGCUCAGGCAUUUCCACUAACCAAAGUAUACUGAACGCCUCCAUACACAGCAGUUCCUCGGGCGGCUUUUCCGCCUGGGGAGUUUCGCCGCAGUAUGCCGUCGCCUGUCCCCCGGAGAAUGUGUACAGCAAUCCGCUGUCGGCGGUGGCUGGCGGCACCCAGAACCGCUAUCAGAUCACGCCCACCAACCAGCAUCCGCCACAGCUGCCGCCCUACUUUGCCACCGCGGGUCCGGGUGGAGCAGUACCGCCCAACCACCUGCCAUUUGCCACCCAGCGCCAUGCGGCCAGUGAGUACCAGGCCGGAUUGAAUGCAGCGCGAUGUGCCCAGAGCCGGGCCUGCAACAGCUGCGAUGCCCUGGCCACGCCCUCGCCCAUGCAGCCCCCACCGCCAGUUCCCGUUCCCGAGGGCUGGUACCAGCCGGUGCAUCCCAACGGCCACCCGAUGCACCCGACCUCCUCAAGCCACCAGAUCUACCAGUGCUCCUCCGAGUGCUCGGAUCACUCCAGGACCUCGGGUCAGGGUCACAAGCAGCGACAGCUGCAGCUGGAGGAGCACGGCGGCAGUGGCAAGCAGCGCGGUGCUCACCACCGCCGAAGAGCUCCGGUGGUGCAGCCAUGCCCGGAGAGCGAGAACGAGAACAUGCUGGCGGAGUAUGAACAGCGCCAGUACACCAGCGACUGCUGCAACAGCUCCCGCGAGGGCGACACCUGCUCCUGCAGCGAGGGAUCCUGUCUUUACGCCGAGGCGGGCGAGCCGGCGCCCCGUCAAAUGGCUGCUAAGAACUGCACCUAAGGAAGAAGUGUUUGGGCCUCCCCGACUGGGUGGAUUAGUAUUAAAGAUAGCAUCUAGUCUAACUCUUCAUUCAUAUCGAACUGGAAAACAGUCUAGGGACUGGGUGAACUCAAAGUUUCUGCAUCAACUGAGGCCAUGACUCCACGACAACAUGCUUCUCCUGGUCACUAAACUAUUUUGAUUGCAUUUAAGGAACCCUAUCUAAAACAAGCAAUUAAACACAUCCCGAAGGGGAAAAGAGAUGCAUUCAGAUAGUAGGGAAACAUGUUGUAGUGGAAUCUAGGGUACUAACCUCAGAUACACAAAACCACACUUGUCACAAUCAUGGGGGCAUUGUGCAGCUUUAGCAAUUACGAAUUUUCCAUUAUCACAUCUACCAGUGUAGAGACUCAUAGACAGGCACAGUGCUCCCCCAUCCACGCACCACAGAACGAAAACCUUUGUACUUAAGAGACGCGAGUGCUGUACGAUAGAUAUUGCUUCAUAGACGCGAAGAGACAGUAACCACUUAUAGCAGGGAUCUGUGUCCCAGCAGAACUUCAUUAAAAUACGUACUCAAAGGAACUUAUAGCGGAGAUAAACCAGAUCAGGCCAUAGCAAGUACACAAAAAUGGGUGUCUCACGACGUUUGUAGUUAGAACUAAAGUACACAUAUUUGUACAGCAUGUUUUGGGGCUUUCGAAUCGGUCCUAGUCAAUAGGCUUGGUAGCGAGAUACAAUAACGAUACUGAUUACGAUAUACUUGUAUGCAAAACUCUUUCAUAUCUACGAUCACAAUCGAGCACUUGCCUCCGACUCGGACUUGUGGGGAGCUGAGUAGAGUUUGGGGGACAAGUGACACGGCAGUUGCAAUGUUUAAUGGUUAGUGCUUUUCUAUAACGAGGAUAAUAUACUUCAUUGACCCAGUGAAUAUAUAUAUACAUACUAAACGACACACUACACAACUACUUACAUAGCAUUUAGACGAGUUGGGGAGCUGCACACGGCCAACAGAACAAACCCCAGUUGCCCGUUCCGUUGUCCUGUCCCUGUGCAGAUCCCUCCAUGACACAAUGUUUUCUACAAUCUUGCAUUUUGAAAAGUCUAAAAUGUACCUGUGAUAAUAACCCCAUUAUACAUUAUAGUAUUUUAAUAAUUUUUAUAUUUAUGGUUUUCUGAUUUCGAGUCGCGUUUUUUGUUUAUUAUGUUCGAGCAACGAGGAAUGUUUGUUGGAAAUCCCCACGCAGACAGAGUUUUUUUGGGAGAGUAUAUAGCAUAAUUUAGAACUUAGGCACGUACCACAUUAGAAAUGCAAAAUGAAUAUAUCAUCAAAUCGAACCGAGUCGAAGCGGCGGAGAGUUCGGCUCGCCGAAGGGGCCCAGGCACCUUUCUACUACACUAGAUCGUGAGUGGAAUCGGGAAAAGUGGGGUGCAGGGAGGAGUGCCUCGGGCCGCUUAGAUAGCUGUGGGUAUACGCAAUAUCCACGGGGACUAGAGUCAACGAAUCGUUUAAACAAUACUAAACACAUAUGCAUUAUAUUACCUACAUAGAGAUCAUAUAGCACCUAGAACCGCGCAUGUAUCAAAUCAAAUCAAAAUAUGCUUUAGCAUACACUCACACAAGUCCACUUCCUUGCUAGCUGGAUCGGCCCGGCAUGUACAUAUAUAUAUUAUAUAUAUACUGCAUACUCCUAAUCCUAAUAUCGAAUCCAACUUGCUUGAGUUGAACUGCCCUUCCGUAGCCAUAUACAUAUAGGAAAAGCAUAGUUGGGUCUGGGUUUUAAUAAUUAGCAUCUAGUUUCUAGAGUUGUGUAACGGGAGUAUUUUAAAGUCAUAGCGUAAACGAAUUUUAAGAUCGAACAGAACCCCUAAAACGAAUCGGACAUUUGAUUUUAGUGCGUAAUGCCGGAAACGAACUUUUUCAAAAGCAAAAUAAUAACUGACAUUUACUUACGACAUAAAUACUAUAUCUAGAUAUAUACAUAUAGCAUUUAAAAUUACAUAAACAAUAAAGGAACAUUUUACAUAUAUGUGGAAAA